AUGGAGGAGUGCAAGCAGAUGACAGGCCAAGCUAAGAGCAGGAACAGUGGAACUUCCAUUGAUCGUAGUCGAGUAAAAAUUUUGUUGUGUGACCGCGACGCUGAGAGUUGUGAAGAGGUUUCAACACUACUGACAGCAUGCUGUUAUCAGGGUACCUUUUCUGUAACAGUAAUAUCAGUUAGCUCAGCUGUGAAGGUUGUGGAUGCUCUCGAUGCAGAGUGGUCUUCCAUUGAUAUUAUACUUGCUGCAGUCGACCUCCCACUAGAAUCAAGCACUGCGAUGCUGAAGUAUAUCAUGCAAGAUAGACAUUUCAAAUGUAUUCCAGUAAUCAUACUGUCAACAAACCAAGAGUCCUCUUUUCUUCUCAAUUUCUUAAGAUUGGGCGCAACCGAUUACCUGGUCAAGCCAUUAUGCAUCGAUGAGAUACUGAACUUGUGGAUGCACAGCUGGAGGCAGCCUAAGGUACUUGACUGGUUGCCACAGAACAACUUCCAAACUUCAGGUCAAGAGAACAGCAAUAUCUUUGUCUGUAAUGACACCGAUGAGGAGUUCCUAGAGAAUACGAUGCAAAAGUUGUAUGUAUCAAAAAGGAACUUGAAAGAAUAGCUGAAAGUUAUGUUGCAAAUAAACUGUAGCAUAUAUGUG